AUGAAGACCCCAGCUGCUGCCAGCCUUCUACUCGGUUCCCUGACUCUCGUCAGUGGAAAACAGGGACAUGGUCGGCCUAGACGGACCCCAGGACUCACUGAAUAUGCCUCUAUCUCGCUUCUCGACACGGCCUGUGAGACCGAGUUCCACCCUGACCAGCUCGACGUUGCCUGGGUUGAACUCAUUGCGUCAAACACGAUCCUGCGGGUGAACCUGACGAGCGGCGAGCAAACAAGGUUCCCGCUCAACAACCCCGUGGGGCUCCCCAGCGGCAUGGAGUUCCUGCCGGACGGCAACCUGUGGUUCUCCGAAGUGGUCGGCAACAGCAUGGUGAAGCUGGAUCCCAAGGAUGGCAGCAUGACCGAGUAUCCAUUCCCCUGGACCAACAUCUCACUCCUCGACAAUCUUCCCGCCGGCAUCCGCGUCAACAUCGACGUCGCCGGCGGCCGCGACCGCGGAGCGUGGUUCACGUCCGUCGGCCUCAACGCCAUUGGCCGGUUCGACAUUGACACCCACGAGUACGACCUUUACCCGCUGCCAAACCCGCUGUCGGCCCCUCUCAUCAUGCAGGCUGGCCCGGGCAACACCAUGGUCUUCUCGGAGAUCCUGGGCAACAGGGUCGGCACCAUCGAUGUCACCACCAAAGAGAUCAAGGAGUACGAGAUCCCAACACCGCUGUCCCUGGUUCAGGGUGUCGCGAUCGACCCCGAGGGUCUCAUCUGGUGGACCGGCACCGGCGGUGGCAACUUUGGCACCAUCAACGUGACCACGGGCGAGGUGACCGAGAUGUUCAUCGCCGACAUCCGCGCCGCGGGCAACUCCACCGUGGUCGAUGAGGGUCUUGUCAGCAUUGGUUCCUCCGGCGCACUGGCUCUCCCCGGCCCCAUCCGUGUCGGCCACGAUGGCAAGGUCUACUUUGUGGAGGGCAACCUGGUCUUCCUCGGAAACCGCGUUGCGCAGUACGACCCCAAGACGCAGCAGCUCGUGGAGUAUGUCACCCCUACCAGCCUCAGCGCCCCGUGCGAUCUCAACAACCAGCAGCCGGACGCCAUCUUCUUUGCUGAGUUUACGGGUGCCCAUCUCGGUCGCCUGGAUUACUAA